UUACAAAAGUCACAAGACUUCUCAGCUGAGCUUUCGAUUUUCCAUUUUUGUGUUUUCGGAAAACUGUUCUUCGUAAAAUUUUAAUUCUCCCGUGGGUGGCUUUUCCUUUUUAAAAUAAAAUAGCCAAAAUGGCUAACAUUAAUGAUGAAAAUGUUAGCAAACUUAUCCCCACACUUGGGGAUGAUAAAAUUGAUAUGAUUGCUGCUACCAGCGUUCUACAAAUUAGGGCUAGUGAGAUAAGACAAAGCCAAAUUAAUUGGCAAUCUUAUCUGCAGUCACAGAUGAUUACACAGCGUGAUCAUGACUUCAUUGUUAACUUGGAUCAACGUGGGCAAAAGGAUUUGCCAGACAAGAACCCAGAAACCUGUGCUGAUGUCUUCUUAAACCUAAUAACUCACAUCAGCAAAGAUAACACCAUUCAGUAUGUGCUUGUACUGAUUGAUGACAUUUUAUCUGAAGACAAGUCUAGAGUGAAGAUUUUCCGUCAAUCAAGACAUGGUAAUGUCUGGCAACCAUUCUUGAACCUGCUGAAUCGUCAAGAUGAGUUUGUGCAGCACAUGACGGCACGUAUCAUUGCAAAGUUAGCAUGCUGGCACCCUCAGCUCAUGGAGAAAAGUGACCUGCACUUCUACCUUUCCUGGUUGAAGGACCAACUGAAGUCUAAUGCGGAGAAUAUGUCUGCCGAGUUAGCGCAUGCUGAGCAGGUUAUGUUGGAGCACGAAAAGCAAAAUUUCUCCGAUAAACACAAUAAGCACAAGGAGAAGAUUGACAAGGCCGACAGUGAAAAGUAUUCGAGCCUAUACAGCUCUUUUGAUGUUCUGAAACCGCAUGAGGAUUUGCUCCAUGGCCUCCACAAGAACAACGACUACAUUCAAUCGGUGGCGCGCUGCCUCCAAAUGAUGCUUCGUGUGGACGAAUACCGUUUCGCUUUCCUCUCGGUAGAUGGCAUCUCUACUUUGCUCUCCAUUUUGGCUUCCCGCGUUAACUUCCAGGUACAAUACCAACUUGUGUUCUGCCUCUGGGUUUUGACAUUCAACCCACUUCUUGCUGAGAAGAUGAACAAGUUCAAUGCCAUUCCGAUCUUGGCCGAUAUCUUGAGCGACUCCGUGAAGGAGAAGGUCACACGCAUCGUUCUGGCCGUCUUCAGAAACCUGAUUGAGAAGCCCGAAGAUCAUCAGGUGGCUAAAGAGCACUGCAUCGCAAUGGUGCAAUGCAAGGUGCUUAAGCAGCUGUUUAUUCUGGAGCAGAAGAGGUCUGACGAUGAAGACAUCAUGAACGAUGUAGAGUUCCUCAAUGAGCGACUCCAGGCCUCCGUUCAGGACCUUAGCUCCUUUGAUCAGUAUGCUACGGAAGUUAAGAGUGGCCGUCUGGAAUGGUCUCCGGUGCACAAGUCCGCCAAGUUCUGGCGCGAGAACGCAGCUCGGCUGAACGAGCGCGGUCAAGAACUGCUCCGAACCCUGGUGCAUCUUCUGGAGAAGAGCCGGGAUCCAGUUGUCCUGGCCGUGGCCUGUUACGAUGUGGGAGAAUACGUGCGACACUAUCCCAGGGGAAAACACGUCUUGGAACAGCUUGGAGGCAAACAGCGUGUGAUGUAUCUCCUGAGUCACGAAGAUCCCAAUGUCCGCUACGAAGCUCUGCUCGCUGUACAGAAACUGAUGGUGCACAACUGGGAAUACCUUGGCAAGCAAUUGGAGAAAGAACAGAUUGACAAGCAGACCGGUGGUACUGCGGUUGGAGCUAAAUCUUAAGAAAAAGAUAUUAAUUGUUAUUGUUAUCUAGAAUUACAAGUACACUGUACAUACCACAAUGGAAAUAUUUAUUGACAGUGUGAAAAUUAUGUAAAUACGAUGUUAGAAAUAUAUUUAUUAUUCCCCCCAACGCUAAAUAAUUACAUUCCUAAACGAGUUUUACUGUUGAAACCAAAUACAAUAUGGUGUUUCCUUUGUAGAUUAGCUCGUGAAUAUGUAAACGCGCCAUUAAUAAAGUAUUAAUUGUC